AGAGAGAGAGAGAGAGAAGGGGGGGGGGGAGCAGAGGGAGAGAGGCGCCCCCCAGGCCAGUGGGCAACUUCUCCUGCUGACUGUCACUCACACAGCAGCCGACUUUUCAAACACACAACUUCUCUCUCUCUCUCUCUGUCAUCGGCCGGGUGAUCAUCCCACACAUUAACACGGGAGAGGGAGAGAGAGAGAGGCUUUAACCGGCCGCCAGCGCCGGACCGGAGUCUGGGCCGCCGCCACCCGCCCCGCCAGGUCGUGAUCAAGUGAGAAGGAUUUUGGAAAAGAAACAUCUUCAUCACAUCAAUUUCCAUUUUAAUUGUUUAGCACAGCACCAUGAAAGCCAGCAGCAGAAAUAAAGACCACUCAGCAGAUGGCGAUGGAACUGGAAAGAGACCAAAACGGAAGUGUCUUCAGUGGCAUCCGUUGCUUGCCAAAAAGAUGCUGGACUUCUCUGAGGAGGAGGAGGAGGAUGAGGAAGAUGAAGAUAUUGAUAAGGAUGCUUUGAUGAGUACAGAGGGUCUUGAACAUGAAGCGGAUGAGACAGAUGACGACUCUUCUGAACAGCGAGCUCGCAGGCCAAUGAAUGCAUUUCUUCUGUUUUGCAAACGGCAUCGCUCUCUGGUUCGACAACAACAUCCUCGUCUAGACAACCGUGGUGCUACAAAAAUCCUGGCAGACUGGUGGUCUGUUUUAGAUCCGAAGGAAAAGCAGAAAUACACUGACCUGGCUAAGGAGUAUAAGGAUGCUUUUCUAAAAGCCAACCCUGGUUACAAGUGGUGUCCAACAACAAACAAACCACUGAAGAGUCCAUCACCAACUGUCACAACAAGGAAGAAGCUUUGGACAUUUCCAACAGAACCAACAAAGGACUUUCCCAUCAUCAAAAGGGUGGUAAAGACUGAGGAAAUGCCACAAAUCAAUUUUGCCAUGGCAGAUCCCACUCAAAUGGGAGGACUCAGCAUGCUGCUCUUAGCAGGAGAACAUGCCUUAACAGCCAAGGAGAUUUCCUCCAGUACAGCACAGCCAGGGGUUCCUGACUCGACAAAGCAGUGUGGGAAUUCAGCAUUGUUUCAGUUAGCAGAGAUGUGUUCGGACCGGUUGGUAACAGAAGGAGUGAAGACUGAGUCUUCUACAGUUAUCUUGGAAGAUGGACAUAAGCCUGAGGUCCCCACUGUUAAUUCUGCAAUAGGUACAAAGAAUGACUUUGAUACUAAACCAAGGCAGUGGAUUGCUAAUGAAAAACCAUUGUCUUUGCUAACUGACAAUUCUAUGACAAGUCUUAACAAAGGUGAAAAAAUUAAGAAGAAGAAGAAGAAAAAAGUUAAACUUGAAUCUACCAAAGUUGAUAAACAGACAUUUAAAAAAAGUGGAAAGAAACGGAAAUCAUCAGAGUCUGACAUAGAUAGCUUAAUGUACACUAUAGAUGCUGUGGCUAAAGGUGACUGGGGCACUGAAAAGCCUUCAGGAAGUCCAGUAAAAAGUGGACGAUGCUCAGCAAAGUCAACUGAAAAUCAGUUACACUCUGUCUCCAGCCCACCAAAGAAAAAGAUUAAACCAAAAUCAAUAAAAUUACCUGCUGAGAAGGUUUCAGAACUCAACAAACACUCAAAGGUUUCUGAUACUGAGAAGAUUACCACCAGCCCCAUCAAAACUGAAACGUUUCCUGUAACUGAUCAACUACUUUCCCAUAAUGCACUAAGCGAAGUGAAAGGUGAAAACAAGGAAAUCAAUAAAAAAACAGAAGCUUCUGGGUCCAGAAAAUCAGAACGAGCGUGUAAAGGUGCCCUUUAUAAGACCUUAGUGUCAGAAGGCAUGUUGACAUCUUUACGGGCUAACGUUGACAGAGGCAAGAAAGCUUCAGGGAAAGGGGGUUCCUCUGAUCAUGAAGGAUGUUGGAAAGAGGAAGAUUGGUCAUUUUCAAAUGUUGGGAGCAGUGGAACCAAAAAGUUGAAGAAAUUGAAACAGAAAGAUGAAUCGGCUCUUGGCUUAGGGAAUCUAGAGCAGGAAUUUGAAAAGAAAUUCAACAGCCUUCCACAAUACAGUCCAGUAACCUUUGAUCGCAAGAACACAACAGUGACAAGGAAAAAGAAGAAGAAUAGGAGUGGAUCCACUGAGCAACAGAAAUGUGAUAAAGGAUCAUCUCCAUCUCAGAAAAUAGUCAGCAAGUUUAAACACCAAAAGGACACACUUCAUUUAACUGAUAAAGUUGUUUCUUCUACUUCAGCCAUAGUCCCACAAGAUACAAACUCCGAGGAACAUGCAGAGAAGGUAGACCGUGCACAGUCAAUUCCAAGCAGUCUGCUAACAGUGACACAAGAACCACUCGUUGGCAGCCAAAAGCGCAAGGCCAGAAAAACAAAAAUAACACACUUAAUCCGAACAGCUGAUGGACGAUUGUCACCUGCAGGGGAUCUAACAAAGGAGAAGAUGUCAUGUAAACAGGAGAAGAAAAAGCAGCCAGUGAAGACAGAUGCUUUGAUGAGUGGAGUCACCUACAGUAGCUCAGAAACUGAACAGGCAUGCAGUAUUUCACCAGAAGUGCAAACUUCAUCUGCUAUCCCAACAUUCUUCAGUUUAGCUGCCUUGGCAGAGGUUGCAGCAAUGGAAAAUGCACACAGAGGCCAGCGUGCAGUUUCUCUGAACCACGAUGGACAACCCAAGGAAAUGGCACAAACCCCAGUACUUAUCUCCUGUGCAGACCAAUAAUCCAUGAUUGAUUUGUAUUCCAACAAAAUCUGCAACACAGGAGAUGAGUCAGUAAGGCCUGAUAUUGACUGCAUUGUGGGAGUGUCGUCUUUCCAUGGCUGGACAGUGCAGCUGGGAGGCACAGGCUGAGUAUCGUCCCAUAGACAGGCUCAGAAUAUAUAUGAAUGGGGCUAAUCCAGUUUCCUCAGCUUUUGCACCCAAUCUGAAGACAACUUGGUUAUAUUAAAAAAUUGUUGUUACACAGAACAAAGGGCCAUGAAAUCUUCUGGCAACUCUUGCAGUUGGACGCUGCGCGAUUAGAGUGUGAGCUACUCAAAUUUGCUGCAACUUUUAGCUUUUCUCAAGUAACACUGAUGCACUGUGCUAGUGACUAGAUAUCGUCAAGUUCUCUUUUUUUCCCUUUUUUAAAAAAAAGCACAUUAUGAUUUAAGUUUUACAAAAACUGUGUAAUCAUGAACUUCUGCCUGAUCACUGAGAUGAUGGUGGGAAGAAAAUAUAUUAUUAAAAAUACUUUACAUUUUG